CGCUUAGCAGCGAGAUCGAUCAGUACAGGUCAAUCUUUAAUGUACCACACUGUUCUGUGUAAGACUGCAGUCAGGUGUGCUUGGAAGUAGUCAACUUUUUAAAGUUUCUGGACGGAGUUUCAUAGGACUUUAAACAUGGGCUUUGAUGCCCUGUUGUGAUGGGGAGCGGGGCUUCUAAAAACAACUCAACCCAGCAAACACCCCGAACUCAAGGCACACCUAGAAGACCACAAGCAACAACCAACAGAGGAGGGCACUUUCAGGAGGUCGAGCUUCAGGCCCCUGGCCAGGGCAGGACUAUUAACAUGAGUUCUCGAUCCCAACAGUCCACACCCAGGUCAACACCGAGCAACCAGCAGACGAGAUACGCGCGUCAUUCGACCAAUCCAAACGGUUCUCUUUACCAUGGUCAAUCAACGGCUGCUACUUCUCGAGAAAAUCGCAGAACUAAUGAAGAGAAAGAGGAAGAUGUCCAGUUUGAGACCUUCCUUCACCAAAACGGUCGUGAAUUUAUAUGUGCUGUUCGUGCAGGCAAGCGAUAUUAUCUUGAUGAUUGGCACUCUCAUGACUGGCAGUUCUUCCCAGAACGCUGGUAUAGUGAAGGCACACUAGUCCCUUUAAACACGGGAGAAUCUCAUGGACAAAAUCGAGUUCCAUCAGCUAGAAAUGCUGAUGAUAAUGAUGAUCGGGUUGGCCACCUGAAGCAUCCAAAACGAGGAAAAGUACAAACUUAUUUGAUGGAGGAGCGUCACUAUGUGCAUUUCUUCUUUGACAAAUACUCAGGAAAAUGGCUUCGGUUACCUAUUGGUUGGGAAUUACAUCAUGAGCUGGUUAAGCAAAUGGUGGAUCAUGUUGAGGAAGCACUUCCCAAAUGGAGGGACAGAGCAGAUAUUCUAGCACUACUCAGAGCCUGUAACUACAAUCCGGAUGAAUGUAUUGGAACUUAUCUAGUUUUGGAAGAAGAUGAUUGGCUGUUACCUCAGAGAACAUCUAAAGAUGCUAAAGCUGAUGAAAUGAAAGAUGAAAAAAUUCAGGAACUGACUGAAAAGCUUCAUAAAUUAGAAAGUGAGCUACUAGCUGAAAAGAAAGCAAGAGUGGAAGCAGAACAACAGUUAUCAGAGCUAGUAGAGAAGUACAGUAAAAUUAGUGCAGAUGCCACCUCAGCACAACGACAAGUGGAAGCCAUGCAACAAUCUCGACCAAAGACUGCAAGGCCCAAAACUCCACAGGUUGCUAUAGUUCCCCUUGUCAGUGAGAGAGAUCUUGAAGAACUUAACCAGCAAGUCAAAAAUCUUCACAAAACUCAUGUUAGACUCAAGAUGGAUAUGCUCAGGAAUAUUGGCUCCAUUAAUGCUGUGAUUUCUGAUGCUAUCAAGGCAGCUUCUGACCUGAAAAAAUCAGAUGUAGGCUCAAAGCAAGAGCUAGAAGAGAUUAGAUCUCUGUAUCAAAGAGAGGCUCUUCAACGGCGUCUUCUUUAUAAUCAGCUCCAAGAAUUACGAGGUAACAUCAGAGUAUUUUGUCGGCCACGUAGAGAUGACCGUGCAAGGAAUUGCCUCGGUUUUCCCUCAGACCAGGACAUCACAGUAACAAACCAAGAUGGAGGCAAAAAAACAUUCAGCUUUGAUAAAGUUUACACUUCUGAUUCUACUCAGGAAAAUAUAUUUGUUGACACACAACCUAUCAUAACAUCUUGUGUGGAUGGAUACAAUGUUUGCCUGCUAGCUUAUGGACAGACUGGCUCUGGUAAAACUUUCACCAUGAUGGGUCCAGACAAUAAUCCUGGUAUAAAUAUACGAGCAAUUUCUGAGCUGUUGAAAGUCUGUUCAGAGAGAUCUGAAACCAAGAGUUUUACAUUAAAAGUUUCCAUGGUUGAAAUCUACAAUGAGACUGUCCAGGAUCUGCUGACUGAAGACACUAAAGUCUUGGAACUCAGCAUGGUGGGCAACUCAGUAAAGAUCCCAAACAUCAUGGAGAUGCCAGUUAAAGAGGUCAAGGACAUCAAGGAAAUCAUGAAGCUUGGGGACAGCAACAGAAAGACAGCAUCUACUAAGAUGAACUCCACUAGCUCACGUUCUCAUCUGGUUCUGAUGAUCACAGUAGAGGGUGAGGACAAAGUGACGGGAGCCAUCUCUAAAGGAGUGUUGACACUAUGUGAUCUGGCAGGGUCUGAACGAAUCAGCAAAACAGAAGCCACUGGCCAGAGGCUAGUUGAAGCUGCUGCCAUCAACAAGUCUCUUUCCGCCCUGGGCCAGGUAUUCUUAGCACUGAGGGAGAGUCAGCUUCAUAUUCCUUAUAGAAAUUCAAAACUGACUCAGAUUCUUAGACCAUGUCUAGGUGGAGAUGCCAAGGCUUGUUUGUUUGUAAAUAUCAGCCCAGAUGUUAGUAACAGUCAAGAGACUUGCAACACUUUAGAGUUUGGCAGCAAUGCACGUCAGGUAGCCCUGGGACAAGCCAAACAGAAUAUACAGAAGAAAGGUGGAGGAUUUCCUCCCAGAUAAUUCAUAUUGACUAGAUUUAUUACAUUACUUAGUCUGAUUGGGUCAAUUUACUCAUACUGCAGGUUGUGUUGUUUUAGUAGUCAACAAUGUUGUUAUUGCUUUACUCUUACCUUGAUCAAACAGUAUCUCUCAUUCUAAUGUUGAAAUCCAUUAGGGGAAUAUAUUCAUUUUGUUUUGUCAAUAUUUGAUAUUAAUCUGCAAUGGUUCAGUAAAAUUUCAUCCUUAACUGUGUCCAAAGACAUACUAUGUUAAUUUAGUAUGUAACUAGGCCUGUGUCCACUAACAGACUAUGUUAGUAUGAAACUAGACAAUGUGACCAAAUAUUCAACAAAUUAUAUUGCAUUAUUAUAACUUUUUUAAAAUAUUUCAACAAGAAAUGGAUUUAAAUUAUUGAUUAGUCAGAGAUGGGAAAAAGAAUUAAGGAAA